ACACGUGUGGACUACAUCACAGACGAAAUGCCGAAGUCAAAGAGAGAUAAAAAGAUUUCUUUGACCCAGACAAGAAAGAAAGGAUUAGAAUUGAAACAGAAAUUGAUUGAAGAGAUAAGAAGUUGUGCUGAAAAAUAUGCCAGAAUUUUCACGUUUUCAGUGCAUAAUAUGAGAAAUGUACAGCUGAAAGAAGUUCGCAAUGAUUGGCAAAGUAGCAGGUUUUUCUUUGGCAAAAACAAAGUUAUGUCCCUUGCCCUGGGUAGGACCCCGGAAGAUGAAUGUAAAGAUAACUUACACAAGCUUAGCAGUCAGCUACAUGGACAGACAGGCUUACUCUUUACAAACAAGCCCAAAGAUGAAGUCUUAGAUUAUUUUGACAAUUACCGACAAGCAGACUACGCUAGAUCAGGAAAUGUUGCGACACAGACUGUGUUCCUAGAACAGGGACCAAUGCCAGAGUUUUCCCACUCUAUGGAGCCUCAGUUACGGCAGCUGGGUCUGCCAACAAGUCUUCAGAGAGGUACUGUCACACUUCUGCGUGAACACAAAGUCUGUGAUAAAGACGAUGUAUUGACACCAGAACAAGCUAGAAUAUUGAAAUUAUUUGGUCACAUGAUGGCAGAGUUUCACAUCACUUUAGAAGGGAUGUGGGAAAAAGACAAGUGGAAAGUGUUAGCAGACCGACCUGUACCAGUAAUACCCCCUAAAGUCACUGUCAGACCCAAGAAAAAGACUGAUGAUGAGGAUGAUGAAGCAGAGAUGGAAGCUUUAGUGGGCGACGAUCUGAUUGAUAGUGAUGAUGAAGAGACAUAGAACUUUUACUGUUUGUGUAUUAAAACUGUCAAUUCUG